CAUCUGUCUCCAUGUGUCUCCAUGUGUCUCUGACGGCGUCCCUCUCUCCUGCCAGCGUCUUCCCUCGGGAGCUGAAGGAGGUGUUUGCGUCCUGGAAGCAGCAGUGCGUGGCCCGCGGCCACCAGCAGGACAUCAGCAAGCGUCUGAUCAGCGCCUCGCUCUUCCUGCGCUUCCUGUGCCCGGCCAUCAUGUCUCCGUCGCUCUUCAGCCUCAUGCAGGAGUAUCCUGACGACCGCACGUCCCGCACGCUCACGCUCAUCGCCAAGGUCAUCCAGAACCUCGCCAACUUCUCCAAGUUCGGCCACAAGGAGGAGUACAUGGCCUUCAUGAACGACUUCCUGGAGCACGAGUGGGCCGGCAUGAUGCGCUUCCUGUCCGAGAUCUCCAACCCGGAGACGCUGUCCAGCACGCCGGGCUUCGAGGGCUACAUCGACCUGGGCCGCGAGCUGUCGGUGCUGCACGCCCAGCUGUGGGAGGUGGUGUCCCAGCUCGACAAGGCCACCGUAGCCAAGCUGGGCCCGCUGCCGAGGAUUCUGGGAGACAUCUCCCGCUGCCUGGCGGCGCCCACGCCGGUCCAGCAGCAGCUGCGGCGCUUCCAGGACCUCAGCCCCGCCCACAUGGGCGGCAGCGUGUCGUCAGGGCUGCAGCGGAUCUUUGAGGACCCCGUGGACAGCCGCAGCGAGGUGCGCAGCCUCCCGUCUCCAGCCGUCGAGCUGAUGGAGGGUUACGGCCGGAGCCAGCGCCCCCUGCUGGCUCCGCAGCGCCCCGGUUUCUCUGAUCAGGCGGACCGGGAUGUCCCGCUGCCAAACGGCCGCAGCGUGUCUCUGGUGGACCUCCAGGACUCUCAGAGCCUUCAGGGCCCCGCGGGGCCCCCGCCGCACCACGAGGCCCCGCCCCGCCUCAGCAGGGUGGGCUCUCAAACCUCCGUCGGCCACGGCCCGCCUCCGCCCGCUUACCCCCACUCCAACCCGGUGACGCCCCAGCCGGCGGCGCACCAGUCCAGAGCGCCGCCCAGAGACGGGCAGCCGCAGAGCGCCCCCCAGGCGAGGCGGCCCCUGCACGCCUCGGUCAGCCAGCAGCGCCGCCUGGAGCCGCUCUCCUUCCAGAACCCCGUCUACCACCUGAGCAACGCCGCCCGCAGCCUCUCCAGCCGCACCUCGCUGCAGCAGGACUCCAGCUCCGAGAACCUGAGCACCGACAGCUCGCACCACAGCCACUCCGACGACUGCGGCAGCCAGGCGGGGGCCAAAGGCGGCGUGGCGUCCAACAGCAGCCUGGACGAGGCGGCCAGCCGGCGCAGCACGCAGAGCGAGGACUGCCCCGCGCCGCGCCGGCCCCCGCUACCCGACCUGCCCCCGGGGGCCGCCACAGCGGUCGCCGUCCCCCGUCAGAGCACCACCGCCGGCACCGCCCACAUCGUCAGGGUGGAGCAGAGCAGAGGGGGCGGGGCCAGGACGCCGCGCUCCCAGCCUCACAGCGCCUCGCUACGGAGCAGCAGCAGCGCCAACACCGAGCCGACGCCCUCCAGCCGCCAGGCGUCCGCCGCCGCGGUGGAGAGCGCCGCUCCGUCCUCCAGGAGCGCCGCUAAGCCGUCUGCGCAGGUGGAAACGCCGGUGGAGGCGGCAGCGAUGUCUCCGGUGGAGAGGACGGCGGCGUGGGUCCUCAACAACGGGCAGUACGAAGAGGAGGAGGAGGAGGGAGGGCGGGGCAGAGAGAAGGGCCGCAACACGGAGAAGUACGAGCUGGAGAUCUCGCGGCUGAAGGAGCGUCUGCGGGCGUCCGGCCGGCGGCUGGAGGAGUACGAGCGGCGGCUGGAGGCCCAGGAGCAGCAGAUGCAGAAGCUCCUGCUGGAGUACAAGAGCCGGCUGGAGGACAGCGAGGAGCGCCUGAGGCGGCAGCAGGAGGAGAAGGACGGCCAGAUGAAGAGCAUCAUCUGCAGGCUGAUGGCGGUGGAGGAGGAGCUGAAGCGCGACCACGCCGAGAUGCAGGCGGUGAUCGAAGCCAAGCAGAAGAUCAUCGACGCUCAGGAGAAGCGGAUCGGCUCGCUGGACGCGGCGAACGCGCGGCUGAUGGCGGCGCUGACGCAGGUGAAGGAGCGGUACAGCGCGCCCAGCAUCCAUAACGGCCUGUCGCCAGGCAACCCCACCAAGCUGUCCAUCACUGAGAACGGAGAGUUUAAGAACAGCAGCUGCUGACUGGCUCACAUGGCCCCGGAGGCGGGGCUUAGCAGGAGUCUCCGCCCACAGGGCUGCAGACUUUUACCGAUUUGUGGAUGUAGCGUGUAAAUAGUGAAGUUUGAGCUGUUUGUUGUACAGAGAGUAAAGGUGUGGAGACUCGUUUGCAGCGUCACAGAAGCACAGAAAGAACCAAACGAACCAAAAACACAAUCUGAACGUUUUCUAACAACUUUUUUAAGCUUUUUAUUUCAAGCUUCUAGUUUUGGUUUUGCAGUUUGAAGCUUUGAUUUUGUUUUAAUUUCCUUCUUUGAUGUUUCUGACAGAAGUUUGUUUUUUACCCGACGAGUUGUUGUGGAUUUUAAUUUAUUCCUCCCUGUUCUGGUCCCGUUGCUGAUCUACUGAGCAGACCUCUGAUCGGGGUCAAAGGUCACACCUGUCUGCUGUCCUUUGUUGAGAAUAAAACCGUCUGAAAGUA